CCCGUCCCUUCCCGUCGUGGUGCCCUGCACGCAUCCUCUCCGCCAUUUUUCCGCCGCAUCUGGAGCUCUAAAACCCAAACCCUAGCCACUGCGCCGCCGCCGUCGCCUUCGCCGCCGGCCCGCCGCCGCCGCUUCAGCCAUGAACGCCUUUCGGUUCCUCGGGGACAUGACCCACCUCUUCUCGGUCCUCGUCCUCCUGCUCAAGAUCUACGCCACGAAAUCCUGCUCAGGGGUGUCGAGGAAGACGCAGGAGCUGUACAUGCUGGUGUUCGUGGCGAGGUACAUGGACCUGUUCACGGACUACAUCUCGCUCUACAACUCGGUGAUGAAGGUGGUUUUCAUCACCAGCUCGGCGGCGAUCGUGUGGUGCAUGCGGCGCCACCCACAGGUGCGGCGCACGUACGACAAGGAUCAGGACACCUUCCGCCAUGUGGUGCUCGUCGCCGCUGCCUUCGUGCUCGCAUUGCUCUUCAACGAGCGGUUCACCUUCCGCGAGAUCUGCUGGGCAUUUUCGAUUUACUUGGAGGCAGUGGCAAUUCUCCCUCAGUUAGUUUUGCUGCAGAGAAGUAGAAAUGUGGACAACUUGACUGGACAAUAUGUAUUCUUCCUAGGGGCCUACCGUGCAUUUUACAUCCUAAACUGGAUUUACCGUUACUUCACUGAGGGUCACCACAGCAGAUGGAUCCCUUGGAUUGCUGGUUUGGUCCAAACAGCUCUUUAUGCGGAUUUCUUCUACUACUAUUUCUUAAGUUGGAAGAACAAUGUGAAGCUUGAGUUGCCUGCUUGAUAGUUCUUCGCCACGCCAGAAAAUGUGCACAUCACAUGAGAAUUAUCGAGAUUAGUUGAUGCUGGCAGAGACUUGGUAAUGAAGUGGGCAGUUGCAAUUUGUACUGUUGACUAUGAAAAUUGAUGAUGUUCAUGUGAUGGUUUCCCUUGGCAAAGGCUAUUACGUUUCAGAAGCUAACAGUUGCUACUGCACAGAAGUAGACUAGUUCCUUUUUGGACCUCAUACUGAGAUGGAAAAUCACACCCAAUUCAUUUGGCUUGUUGUUUGCAGCUCUAUUACACUUGGUGUAAACAAACAGUGUGAUUUCCGGUGUCUUGUAAAAACCAAUGCACUCCAAACUACUCCGAAAUACCAGAAAUAUUGAUUGUGCUUCCUGGAUCCUCUCAACGCUA